AUGGGGACCCUCAGCUGCGACCCAGCAGCUAGGCUGGCCACAGUACCCCUGGCCAGGCGGGUGGCUGAGGGCCACAUUCCAGAGACCGGGCUGAGGAAGUCCUGUGGAAUGAACACCCUGGAGAAUGGCUCCGGACCUGGCUUGUAUGUUCUUCCGUCCACUGUUGGCUAUGUCAACCACGACUGCACCAAGGCAGCCAGUCCUGCCUACUCACUUGCUCGGAGACCCAGUGAAGCACCUCUUCAGGAUUCCAGCCCAGGGCCCGUCUAUUUCUUGGACCCGAAAGUUACUCGCUUUGGCCGCAGCUGUCCCCCUGCCUACUCAAUGCAGGGACGAGGCAAAAUUCGAGGUCUAGAGGUGACACCAGGCCCUGGGACCUACAGCCCAGAGAAGGUACCUCCAGUACGCCAGCGGAAUGCCCCAGCUUUCACCCUGGGCUCCCGUCUCCGACCGAAGCCUCCAGACACUUCUGCUCCUGCCCCCAAUGCCUACACCAUGCCACCUCUCUGGGGAUCACAGGUCUUUAUUAAACGUAGCAGCCCCAGCUACACAGUUGCGGGCCGCACGCCCCUGGCACGGCCCCCUCAGGAUCCCUCGGAGACUCCAGGCCCUGGGCAGUAUGAGAGUCCCGACCCCAACACCUACCGGCAGCGUUUGCCGGCCUUCAGCAUACUGGGGAGACCCCGAACCCCAAGGCCCCUGGAGGAGACGCCUGGUCCUGGUACCCACAACCCAGAACAGGUCACUGUGAACCGGGCCCGGGCCCCGGCAUACACCAUGGGCAUCCGUCACUCAAAGCGGGCAUCCGUCAUGUCAGGAAACACCAAAUGCUGAUGACUGCAGAGAGCAGGCAGCGGCUUUCCCCAGAGUGGGGCAGAGAAGGUGCCUCCCUCCCCUUCUGCAGUCUGAGGUCCUUUGAGGCCACCUGAUCUUUCUGUCCCUGGGGCCUGUGACCCAAGGUCCCAUACAGGAUGAGGGUGAGCCUCCUUCCAGGGCCCCAGCCUCUCUUCCCAGGUCAGGCCAGGCCAGGGAGAAGUGUCCCUUUCCCUGGCUGGACAGGGAGCUGUGUGUCCUAGAAUUCAGCGUCCGGGCCACUUGGGUUUCUGCAGAUGAGUCUGGAGAACUCUCCUGGAGGCGGCCCUGAUGCUCGGCCCUUCUCACCCCACCCUCUAGCGUUGCUUGCCAAUAAACGAUCCCC